AGUGUCUUCCUCCUGUCUUCCUAGAAGCAGCAUUGGCAGGGCUGGGUUUCUGCUUCCCCACAAUAGCUGGGGUCCUGGAGACACAAGACGCGCCUGCUGUGGUGGGGAUUUCUGUCAUCUCUGGAGUGCUCAGUGGAACAGAGAGCUCCUGUCCAUGGAGAGACCCCACACGGUCCUGCAAGUGAGCCUACACCACCCCACAAAGGGCCCAGCCAUCUUUGCCACCAUCCCACCUCGGCUGCAGCAUGACAUCAGCCCGCUGCUUGUGGGGCGCAGCCCAGAGGCCCACCUCCAGCUGUGGCUCCCCAACCUCUCUCGCCAACACCUGUCCCUGGAGCCCUACCGGGAGAUGGGCAGCGCUCUGCUGGCCUUCAGCCUCAAGGCCCUGAGUCGCAGGGGCUGUGUGUGGGUCAACGGGCUGACGCUGAGGUUCCUGGAACAGGUCCCCCUGAGUGCCAUCAACAGGGUCGCCUUCUCGGGCAUCCAGAUGGUGGUCCAGGUAGAAGGAGGCACCUCCCUGGAGGCCUUUGUCUGCUGCUUCCAUGUCAGCCCCUCGCCCCUGAUUCACAGGCUCCAGGCCGAGGAGACCGAUGAAUGGGAAGACAUCCCCCAGGAGCUGCCUGCCUUGGGUUCAGAGCAGCCGGCUCCAGGUCACCUGGGCUCUCUCCAUGGCCCUUCCUAGACUGAGGACAGCUAAGCCUGGAGGAGGAACAAAAAUAUAGCUCCAGAGGGAGCCCUCAGACGGCUUGCCCUGCCGCUGCAGAGAGCACGCCUUGGCUGAAACAGGACUUGAAAUAUUUGAGCUACAUCAUGUGACGUUGACAAGCUAGGCCUGCCUGGCUAAUAAUGAACUGAUUCUGCAAACAGGAACGGCCUGGGGUGGGGGGAGCGCCCUCCACCAUUCCAAAUCUACAAGGUAACCGUAACUUCAUAUACUUUUAGAGGCCCCGAGGGCCCCUAGGAGCCCCUCGCAGCGUUUCCCCACACUUCCCAGCCUUGUCUAACUAGGAGUUACUUUAUGUUGCUAAUUUUGUGGUGCUGCUUAAAAGCCGGAGUUUGAGGUUGCUCCAGAAAUGCAUGGACACAUGUAACAAUUACGUUUGUGGUAGCUGGGGGUUACCUUGGGCUUUCAAAUACUCACAGGCGCUCUGGGCUUAGGGAAACCUGUGUUUAAUAAACUGAAGCAUUUCAUUAA